UUCCGGAAAGCCCCGGCCGUAGUUUCGUUUCUCCGAGUUUUGUGUCUGGCUCUGGGGGCAGCUGCGGACGGGGCGAUGGCGGCGCUGGAGUCGGAGUCGGGCCUGUCAGGGCUGGAGGAAGAGCUCACCUGCUCCAUCUGUCUCUGCCUCUUCAGCAGCCCCGUGACGGUGCCGUGCGGGCACAACUUCUGCUCCUCGUGCCUGGAGCUCAGCUGGGCCGGCCUCUCGGGGGGCUUCAGCUGCCCGCAGUGCCGGGCCACCUUCGAGGGCCGCCCGCAGCUGCAGAAGAACACGGUGCUGUGCCGGGUGGUGGAGCAGCUCCAGGGCCGCGCCGGGGCCAAGGGCGAGGAAGAGGAAAAUGAGGAUGGGGAGGCGGGGGGGUGCUGGGCGGGGGAGCCCCCCGUGUCCUGCGACAGCUGCCAGGAGGCGCCGGCCGUGCAGACCUGCCUGACCUGCACCGCGUCCUUCUGCGCCGAGCACCUGCGGCCGCACCGCGACAGCCCCGCCUUCCGCGACCACCAGCUCUGCCCGCCCCUGCGGGACCUGCAGCAGCGCAAGUGCCCCCAGCACAACAGGCUCUUUGAGUUCUUCUGCAGCCGGCACGGCGUCUGCAUCUGCUCCCUCUGCCUGCUCGGGCACAAGACGUGCCCCACCAACCCCUUGGAGCAGGCGAAAGCCGCUGCCCAGUCGGUGCUGAAGAAAAAACUGGUGGAGCUGCAUAACCAGAGUGAAAGAACUGCCCGGGCAAUGAGCACGGUGAAAACAAACCAGAACCAGUCUGCUGAGACAGCUUCAAGAAAGAAGGAAUUGAUCAGAAAUGAGUUUUCAGAAAUUAAAGCUUUAAUUGAAGAAAGAGAAAAUGAGAUCAUGAAAGCAAUUACAGAGGAAGAAAAGAGAGUUUGGAAUAAAUUUGAUUAUAUUUAUAGUGUUCUGGGAAAUAAGAAGAAAGAAAUUCUGUCUCUCAAGGAUCAGAUUGAGAUGGCACUGACUGAAAGUGAUGACGUUCUAUUUUUGAAGAGAGCAGCAGCACUGCAACAAACAUCAACAAAAGAGGCUUUUGUUCCUGUAGUUGAAAUGGACCAAAAUGUGAUGCAUUCCACUUACCAGUCUGCCAUUACCCUCAAAGACAUAGUGAAAGUUUCAUUGAUUCAGAGUAGGGAGAAAAAAGAAGAAGCCAAACCUGUGAAAAUUAAGGCCCCUCCAGCAGCUCAUCCAAACAAACCUUCUGCUGGAAAAAAGGCUUCUGGACCUCACCAGGUGCACAAAGAGAAAACCAGUACCCAGGCUCAAACCACUUCGCAGGCAAACACAGAUACCAAAGAGAAAAAGAAAGCUGCUAAAGUUGCAGCAACCACUACACCAACCACCACAUCUGCUGCUGCUGCUGCUGCUAAAGAGCUCAUUGACAGCUUCCUGAAGAAACCCAGAGAGGAGCUUCUGCAGUAUGCUGCCAACAUCACUCUGGAUUACAACACAGCUCACAACACGGUGGUUUUGGCUGAGAACUACACCAGGAUGUCCAUCUCAGACACCUUCACAGGUCACAAGUACCACCCUCAGCGCUUCACCGAUUACCGGCAGGUGCUGGGCUUCCAGUGCUUCAAGAGGGGCAUCCACUACUGGGAGGUGCAGCUGCAGCAGGGCAGCUUCUGUGGCAUCGGGGUGUGCUACGGCAGCAUGGAGCGGCAGGGCCCCGACAGCCGCCUGGGCAGGAACAGCAAGUCCUGGUGCAUCGAGUGGCUCAACUCCAAAAUAUCAUCCUGGCACAAUGAUGUGGAAAAGUCCCUGCCCAACACAAAGGCUACCAAGAUUGGGGUGCUGCUGCACUGCGAUGGGGGGUUUGUGAUUUUCACAGCCGUGGGGGAGAAGCAUAACUUGAUCUAUAAAUUCAAAGCUCAGUUCACUGAAGCCUUGUACCCAGCCUUCUGGCUGUUUUCCAGUGAUGCUGUUCUCUCUCUCUGUCACAUGAAAGACUAAGAUCUUG